AUGUAUAACCCGUGCUACUGGCUGCUGCCGUCGCACCCCUACACUGUGGCGUCGAUCCAGGAGGAGCGCUCGCCGUACGUGUCUCUGGUCGUGAAGAGGAACCGCUUCGCAUUGGAGCCGUUCAGGCGGUACUCGUUGCAGCCGUUCUUCAAAUCUUCCCUAUCGCUCAAUUUCUUCCAGACCGCGGAAAGCGUCACCAUCGUAUCUGGAGGCUCUGGAAUAUCGCUGGGGUUGCCUCUUUUCAACUACUUCAAACGCAAAGUACAGCACGAAAAAAAAGAUAUCAAGCUGCUAUGCAUCUGGAUCACGCCCAACGCGGGAGACUUAUUUAUUCUCGAGGAACUCGAGGCCGAAGGACUCGAAGUGUACGUGACGCGUUCUGGCCGCGAGGAGGAGGCGGCAGAGAGCCUCGAGGGCCUGGAGGCGUUCGAGCUACAGUCGCUGGACGACGACUUCCACGCAUACGAGGAGUCGAGUCAGGUGACACACAGUCCAGAUUUUACCGACGAAUUUGCCACUGUGGUGAAACACGGACGCCGGCCACGCUUUGAAAAAAUACUGGCCAAAAAUGUGAACCGCACCAUUGAUUACGCAAAUAAGUGGAUUGUCUCUUGCGGCCCCACCCAGCUCAACAGGGACUGUCAACAGCUGGCGGAGAAGCUCAAGUGCCAGUUUUUCGGGGAAGAGUACGCCAUGUGA